AUCAGUUCCGAAACUGAUCACAGGUCAUAGUUCUGGACUAAGCCUAAUUCUGAUCAGUUUGUUGAGUUGAGUUGUUUCCACUGGACAGACAGCAAGCGCUGCAUCGAUCUCUUGGUCAACCAAUCUAAAGAGCUUCAAAACUAAACUGUGUAAGCUGUCGGUGAGAAAAUGGAUACAUCUACGCCAUCAUCCAAGGAGAAAACACUUUUUAGCGAGCUCCCAAUCCCCAAAGAAUAUGACAUCCUCCAAAUUGUGGGCCAAGGUGGCUUUGGAAAAGUGGUCAAAUGUGUGAAACGAGACACCAACGAGACUGUGGCCAUAAAGAUAUCCCACGAUGGUUAUAACCUCAGCGGCGAGGAGGCCAUUCUCAGCACCCUCAUGCGCCACCGCAUGGACAGGUUCAACAUCAUCAAGUUUCACGGCUCGGUCUACAGGUGGGGCAGGAGAGGUCUGGUGCUUGACAUAUGUGACAUCAGCCUUCAGGACUUCCUACAGAAAUCAAAGGAAUUCAUGAGUCUGGAGGAAGUCCGAAGUGUCACCCAGCAGUUGGCAGGAGCGUUCAAUGCCCUGAAGAGGGUUGGCGUGAUCCAUACUGAUGUGAAAAUGAACAACAUCAUGAUUGAGGAUCACAGGAAACGGCCACUCAGGGUGAAACUCAUCGACUUCGGCUUGGCAAUGUACAGCUCUGAAGCAUCGCCGGGCAUGUUUCUCCAGACACCUUACUUUCGGUCUCCAGAAAUUCUGUUGGGAACCCCAUUUUCUGAGUCCAUAGACAUCUGGUCGCUUGGCUGCGUCAUGGCGUCAAUGCUGAUUGGCUGUAUGGUCUUCCCCGGGAGAAACAGCUACGACACACUAAGGUUCAUCAUCGACCUCCUGGGUCCGCCACCGAAACAUCUCCUCAUUGCUGGUCUGAAAACCAAAAGGUUUUUCAGGGAAUCAUUUUCCAGGCAGAUGAUUCUGAAGAAUCCAGAGCAGUACUGGAAAAGCAGUAAUCACUCCACAGACAACAGGAUCUACACGUUCCGAUCUUUGGAGGUGAUGAAGGCGAUGCGCAGGGAGAAUAACAACAAGACAGAAGCUGAUGAGCGGAGGGAGAGCACUGAACUGUUGAAGGAGAUGUUCAAGUGGGAUGGGAGGUUGAGGAUAACCCCUAAGGCUAUUCUCAACCACCCGUUCAUUACCAAGAGUUACCUGAACUGCUCCAGCGAUGAAUCUCAGGAGUCUGCAGCAGCUGAACCCAGCAAAAGCUGGGCCCAGGCCCCGACCGAUGGUGACAAUGACGACAGCGAUGAAUCUCUGGAGUCUGCAGGAGCUGAACCCAGCAUCAGCUGGUCCUCGACCGAUGGUGACAAUGACGACAGCGAUGAAUCUCUGGAGUCUGCAGGAGCUGAACCCAGCAUCAGCUGGGCCUCGACCGAUGGUGACAAUGACGACAGCGAUGAAUAUCUGGAGUUUGCAGGAGCUAAACCCAGCACCAGCUGGGCCCAGGCCCCGACAAAUGGUGAUAAUGACAACAGUCACCAACCUGCUGAAACUCCUGAAUUCAUCAGGAUCCACCAGUACCGCUCUCCCAUUGUCUCUGACAAUAAGAACUGCUGCCUCCAACGCUUCCGGUCCUGGACAAAGAGGAUAAUUUGUCCUUGCUGCUAUGUGGAAGUGGAGGACUGACCAUCUCUACAAAGGUUUUGUAGCAAAACACCUGAGAACUUUCUCUCAAGUGUUCUGCCACAAAAGCAUUUUGUAGUUCCCCCUUAUGAUUUGCAUGGGUUUUCUCCGGAUGCUCCGGUUUCCUCUCACUGGCCAAACACAUGCCUGUCAGGUUGAUUGGAGACUCUAAAUUGACACUAAAUCUGAUAUGAUCUAAUGAUGUGAAAUCUAAAACAUAUCAUUUUAUAAUAUGGGCCUCUCCCUGGCAUAUACAUUCCGGCUGUGACGUCCGCACUGUGCCAGUAUAAGGGUGCUCCGGGUGCUCCGGUUUCCUCUGUUUUGACUCUAUAUAAAAAUAAAUUAAAUUAAAAA